ACAUUGGCUGCGUUCAGAAAACAUAGCUGAUCAGUGAGCGGUCAGUGAUUAUUGGUCCUUACUGUUAGAUCCUUAACUGUUAGACCAAUUACGUUGACUAAUUACUCAACAGUUGUGUCUUCUGAACGCAUCCAUUGAAAACUUGUGUAUAUACUUGCGGAACUUAAAAAAAGCAAAUAUACAAUUAAGACUUGGACUUUGGAAAAAAGAAAAGAAGAGAAUUAGUACAAGUUAGUGCAAUCAGUUCAGCAAUAAAAAACGAAGUCAAAGUUAAUACAUCAAGAUACAUUUGCCAUAGAGGUUAUCAGUAACAUUUGACAACAAAAAUGCAGUCCAAUGAUGACUUGUCCGAAGAUGAAGAAGAAAUACUUGUGUAUGUGGAAUUCGAGGACCUUAUUGGCAGUAAUACAUUUUGUAAUCAGGAUCUUCAAUUGGAUAUGAUAGGAAUAGAUACGGAGCAUCCAGUAAUGCAAAUUAACGGACGGGUAUAUUGUUUUUACGAGGGUACUUACAAGGAUGCCAUGGGCACGUACAUGUUCUUUGAAAAGGACGACGAUCCACAUGUGGAUGAUGUUAUAUUUGAUAAAAUACCAACUCUAAAGUACUCUGCCAAAACUAGAAAAGUUUUAAAGAUGCAACGAGUCUUUACAAAACCUAGAGCUGAAGUUUUUGGUAACUCUGAAAUCAACAGUUGUAUUCCAAAUGUUGACACAUUGUCCCAAGCUGGGGUGCCACCAAAGUAUCAAGAAGAAGCUCUCCAAUUUUGGAAUAUACUACGUGACGACAAACUAGCAGAAUUACGUUUAUGUUUGGAGAAACAAAAAAUUACAGAUGAAGAGAUGUCCAAGGAUACUAUGCCAGAUUCGGAAUUUGAAGAAAACGCAUGUCCUGGGACAUCUGGAAAUAAGGAAAAUCAGAAAAUACAUAAAUAGGAUAAAAUUUUAUUUAUUUGAAACAAAUCGUAAUCACAUGUCGUGCCUUCACCAGUCGAGAUCACUCGGAAACUCGUCUGGGUAGUCUCCAGUCAAACAGGCGGUACAGUGGCCGACGUACUUGCUCUCGCGAUUGUCCAUGCGAUACCUGACCGCUUCAACGAGUCCCUCCACGGAAAGGUACGUCAAACUGUCCGCGCCUACGUGUUUAGCCAGUUUCACGUUAUCCAACUUAUUCGCGAUUAGUUCUUCUCUGGUUGGGAUAUUGAUGCCCAUGUAACACGGAUACUUGAGCGGUGGGGAUGCUAUUCUCACGUGAACCUAUAAACGCGAUUAUCAUAAUGAAUAGAACAACGUUACUUCAUUUAAACUCUCAAAAUUUUUUCUUUAAAUUUUUUUAAGUCUACCAAAUAAAAUGUCAAGCGUACUUGUAAAAUAUUCCGAAAACUAUCCUUUUCCCUCGACAACCAGUAAAUACCCGUAAAAUUAAUGCGACAUGCAGCCUUUCUCUUUAACUUUUCUCAUGAUUUCGCCACAUUUAUUUCACGAUUAUUUAUUAACUAUAAUAGCAAAAAAUAGUUUCUGAGACAUUUUACAAGUAUGCCCAAGCGAUCUAAAGUCUGGCAUGGCCGCGAGAAAUACUCGCGAGGAACUUUAAGCAUAUAUUUAAGAACAAAAGUAUACGACGACGACGUUAAAGCGAGGAGCUCACCUCCUUGGCGCCUGCGUCGCGCAGUAACUUGAUGAUUGGGCCGAUUGUAUUCCCUCUGACGAUGGAAUCGUCGACGAGAAUGAUCUUCUUUCCUUUUACAUUCUCCGACAAAGCCCCGAACUUUUUGGCUACGCCGAGCUGGCGUAGCCGUGUACUCGGUUGUAUGAACGUUCGUCCAACAUAUCUGUUCUUGCAAAGCACCUCCGCGAAAUUGAUCUUCGACUGCAACGUAAAGAAAGCUUUAUCAAGUUGCGUAAACUACACACGUAAAUUGUUUGCUCGUCCCUUUACGCCCACUAAGUGUUUAAGUUCCAAAUGUAGUUAUUAUUUACUUGUCUGGCGUAACCAUGCGCCGCCGCGGUUCCCGAUUCAGGUACAGAGCUCACUAUGUCUGCUUCUACCGGUGAUUCCAUUGCUAGUACUCGUCCACAUUGCAUACGCACAGAAUAUACCAUUUGUCCUAGUGUACAACAUUUUGCUGAAUAUCUCUGUUCGUCAUUUUUUUAUGUUUGUGUGGAUUAUAAUAUAUUUACCUUCGAAGAUACUGUCGCUUCUCGCGAAGUAAACAUACUCGAAUAUGCAAAACGCUUGCGGUCUUUUGUUCGGCCUUUCUACUAUGUCGAUGGUCUUGAUACCCUCUCGAGUUAGUUCUACUAUCUCACCAGGGAACACUUCGCGUACGUAUCUCGCGCCUAUACUUAAGAAUCCGCAUGAUUCCGACGAAAUUACCCAGCCUUCAGCUUCGUCGUCGUCGUCGGAUUCGUUACUCGCUGUGAUUUGAAAUGGCGAAUAUAAUAAUAGAGAGGAAAUAAGUCAAAACAAAACACAAUAGUACAAAGUGCACACACAAAUCCAUACACAUAUAUAAAUAUAUGUAUGUGUGUAUAAUGCAAUGUAUCAUAAACCAAGACAAUAAGUUUAGUAAUUUGAUACGCACCUAAAUUGCCAAUAGGUACAAUUUUUCCUAAACAGAGAGGUCGAUUUCCAUAAGGAUCUCGUACGCCAUAAAUUUUGUCCCUUUGCAUUAUAACCAGGGAAUAUGAUAACGGUGCCAAUUGCAUAAGAUGCUUGAUACGCGCCGGCCACUCUGGUCCAUUGACUUCAGCUUCCGGUGGAUUCAAGCAAAGCGCUUGUGUUAUUAAUUCGGAAUCCGAGUGCGUCGACAAACCGACUCCUCGACCUAGUACCUGAACAUACGUAUGAGAUCAGAAUUGCGUGCACCGGCCGCGAUGGUCGAAGUGGUCAAAGUAAACAGCGCGAACAUCGAGAUAAUUAAGGAGAUGACCGACAAAAAGAAACAAAUUUUCUUAUUUCAUAUUACCAUUUUUCUGACGGAUUCUGUAUUGACUAGCUCACCAUUGUGAGCCACUGCCAACGCACCAUGCGCAGUGUGAACCACAAAUGGUUGACAGUUGACCUCUUCGCUAGCUGCGCUCGUACUGUAUCUGGUAUGGCCAAUUCCGAGAUUCCCUUUGAGCUUUUUCAUAUUUUCAUCGUUGAAGAUAUUAUUAAUCAUUCCCAUACCCUUGUGGACGUGAAAUGACUUUGAACAGACUCCCUCGCUUGUUACGAUGCCUCCGCUCUCUUGUCCUCGGUGUUGCAAGGCCACAAGUCCUA